AUGGGGAUGCUCCAGGCGCGCGUCGUCGUGCUUGUUCUCGCGGCGGCGGCGGCGGCCGUUGUGGUCGUCGUCGACGGCCAGAUGUCGCCGGCGUUCUACGACGCCUCGUGUCCGGAGCUGCAGUCCGUGGUGCGCCGCGGCAUGGCGCAGGCCGUGCAGAAGGAGGCGCGCAUGGGCGCGUCCAUCCUCCGCCUCUUCUUCCACGACUGCUUCGUCAAUGGGUGCGACGCCUCCGUCUUGCUGGACGACACGGCCAACUUCACGGGGGAGAAGAACGCCGGGCCGAACGCCAACUCGCUGCGCGGCUACGAGGUCAUCGACGCCAUCAAGGCGCAGGUCGAGGCUUCCUGCAAGGCCACCGUCUCCUGCGCCGACAUCGUCGCGCUCGCCGCCCGCGACGCCGUCAGCCUGCUCGGGGGGCCGAGCUGGACGGUGCAGCUGGGCCGGCGAGACGGGCUCUCGGCGAGCCAGAACGCGGCGAACGCCAACCUGCCGCCGCCGGACGCGAGGCUCCCCGACCUCCUCGCCAGGUUCAGCGACAAGGGCCUGGACGCGCGCGCCCUCACCGCGCUGUCCGGGGCGCACACCGUGGGCUGGGCACGCUGCACCACCUUCCGCACGCACAUCUACAACGACACCGGUAACGAGGCCGUGGACGCCGCCUUCGCCACCCAGAUACGCGCCAAGGCCUGCCCCUCCGCCGGCGGCGACGGGAACCUCGCGCCGCUCGAGCUGCGCGCCCCCGCCGCGUUCGACAACGGCUACUUCCAGGACCUCGUCGCCCGCCGCGUGCUCCUGCGCUCCGACCAGGAGCUCUACGGGAGCGGCGUCGGCAACGGCAGCACGGACGCGCUCGUGCGCGCCUACGCCGCCAACGCCACGCUCUUCGCGGUAGACUUCGCCGCCGCCAUGGUGAGGAUGGGCAACCUGGCGCUCACCGGGAAGAACGGCGAAGUCCGGCUAAACUGCCGGCGAGUGAACUGA